AUGGCUGGAAAGUUCGAGCCCAAGGUUCCCGUCAACCUCGACCCUCCUAAGGACGACGUUAUCUCCAAGGAGGAGCUCGCCAGAGCCAAUGGCGCUACUGAAGGAGGCAAGUGCUACGUGGCCAUCAAGGUAAGUCAUUGCACAUCUACGAGUCAAGAUGCAACUCACCGUGCAACUCAUCUCAUCCAAGGAAGCACAACUGAUCGUCUUUCACCACAGGGCAAGGUUUACGACGUGACUGGAAACAAGGCCUACCUUCCAGGAGCUUCCUACAAUGUCUUCGCCGGCAAGGAUGCCUCGAGAGCUCUGGCCAAGUCCUCGACAAAGCCCGAGGACGCACUUCCAGAGUGGAAGGACUUGGAUGAUAAGGAGAAGGGCGUUCUUAACGACUGGAUCACCUUCUUCUCCAAGCGGUACAACAUCGUUGGUGUUGUGGAGGGAGCCACAAACAUGGAGUGA